GAAAUCGCCCCGGGGGGUCUCGCUCGCUCAGAACUUGGACGCGACGGUCCGGGCCGGUCCAAAGUGUAAUUCGCCUGCAGAGGCCCGGGUGCCCGGAUGUCCAUCAGGAUUAGCGCGAGCCAAUACGGUCGGAGCGCGAGGCUGCGCUGAGGACGCCCGGGCUGGGGAGCAGGUAGUCCCGUCGCGCCGGGAGUCGCGCUGGGGAACCGUCCCCGCCCGGCCCCGGCCAAUGGUGAGCGCGGCGCCGGCGGGAGGGCCGCGGGGUGAAGGCUCUCAUGGACUGAAGACCUGGAGCUCCACAGAGUGAAUUAUGGCAGCCCAGUCAAGCUUGUACAAUGAAGACAGAAACCUGCUUCGAAUUAGAGAGAAGGAAAGACGCAACCAGGAAGCUCACCAAGAGAAAGAGGCAUUUCCUGAAAAGAUUCCCCUUUUUGGAGAGCCCUACAAGACAGAAAAAGGUGAUGAGCUAUCCAGUCGAAUACAGAACAUGUUGGGAAACUAUGAAGAAGUAAAGGAGUUCCUUAGUACCAAGUCCCAUCCUCAUCGCUUGGAUGCUUCUGAAAAUAGAUUGGGAAAACCGAGAUAUCCUUUAUUUCCUGAGAAGGGGAGCAGCAUUCCAUCCCACUCCUUCCACACUAGUGUCCACCACCAGCCUAUUAACACUCCUGCCUCUGGACCACUUCCUGUUGGUAACAUUAGUCACAAUCCAAAGAUGGCGCAGCCAAGAAUGGAACCAAUGCCAAGUGUCCACGUCAAAAGCUAUGGCCCACCAGACAGCCAGCACCUGACCCAAGAUCGCCUUGGUCAGGAGGGCUACGGCUCCACUCAUCACAAAAAAGGUGACCGCAGAGCUGAUGGAGACCGCUGUGCUUCAAUGGCAGACUCAGCUCCAGGGAGGGAGCUUUCUCCCUUACUCUCCUCUUUGCCUUCUCCAGUGCCCCCUUUGUCACCUAUACAUUCCAACCAGCAAGCUCUUCCCAGGACGCAAGAAAGCAACAAGGUUCACAGCAGUAGCAAUAACAAUAAAGGCUACUGCCCAGCCAAAUCUCCCAAGGACCUAGUGGUAAAGGUCCAUGAUAAAGACACCCCUCAAGACAGUUUAGUGGCAGUUGCCAGCCUUGGGGUAGCCCCUCCCCAGCCACCUUCUCAGACUUUUCCCCCACCCUCCCUCCCCUCAAAAAGCAUUGCAAUGCAGCAGAAGCCCACGGCUUAUGUCCGGCCCAUGGAUGGUCAAGAUCAGGCUCCUAGUGAGUCUCCUGAACUGAAACCAUUGCCAGAGGACUAUCGGCAACACACCUUUGAAAAAACAGACUUAAAAGUGCCUGCCAGAGCCAAGCUCACCAAGCUGAAAAUGCCUUCUCAGUCAGUUGAGCAGACCUACUCCAAUGAAGUCCAUUGUGUUGAAGAGAUUCUGAAGGAAAUGACCCAUUCAUGGCCGCCUCCUUUGACAGCAAUACACACGCCCAGUACAGCCGAGCCCUCCAAAUUUCCUUUUCCCACAAAGGAUUCUCAGCACAUUAGUUCUGCAACCCCAAACCAAAAACAAUAUGAUACAUCUUCAAAAACCCACACUAAUUCUCAGCAGGGAACGUCCAUGCUGGAAGAUGACCUUCAGCUCAGCGACAGUGAGGGUAGUGACGGCGAACAAACCCCAGAGAAGCCUCCUUCCGCAUCUGCACCUCCAAGUGCUCCACAGUCGCUUCCAGAAGCCGCGGCCUCAGCACAUUCCAGCAGUGCGGAGUCAGAGAGCACCAGUGACUCAGACAGCUCCUCGGACUCGGAGAGUGAGAGCAGCUCAAGUGACAGUGAAGAGAAUGAGCCCCUAGAAACUCCGGCUCCUGAGCCCGAGCCUCCGACAACAAACAAAUGGCAGCUGGACAACUGGCUGACCAAAGUCAGCCAGCCGGCGGCGCCCCCAGAGGCCCUGGGGGGCGCAGAGCCCCCGCCGCGCCACCUCGACGGUAAGGGCAAGGGCGACGGUGGCGGCAGCGGCGCCGGUCACGAGCACUCGGAAUCCAAAGAUCCUGCCCCCAAAAGCUCCAGCAAAGCUCCCCGGCUCCCCUCCGAGGGCCCCCACGCGGGCAAGAGGAGCUCUCAGAAGUCCCCUGCCCAACAGGAGCCCCCGCAGAGGCAAACUGUUGGAACCAAACAACCCAGAAAGUCCGGCAAGGCCCCCGCGCCGGCGGAUGCGCGGGCGGGCUUGCAGGUGGAGAGCGAGCCGGGCCCCCCUCCCCACGGCCCUGGAGACCAGCCUGCCAAAGACAAGCCCAAGGUGAAGACGAAAGGGCGCCCCCGCGCCGCGGACGGCAGGGAGCCCAGGCCCGCGGGGCCCGCCCCCGGCGAGAGGAAGAAGCACCGGAGCGGCCCGCCCGUCCCCCCGAAGGCGCUCCCGGGCCCCGAGCCCACGAAGGACAAUGUGGAGGACAGGAGCCCCGAGCACUUCGCCCUCGUCCCCCUGACUCAGAGCCAGGGGCCCCCCCGCGGCGGCGGCAGGACUAGUGGCUGUCGCCGGGCUGUGGUGGUCCAGGAGGAUCGCCGGAAGGACAAGCUCCCCGUGCCUCCGAGGGACACCAAGCUGCUCUCCCCGCUCAGGGACACUCCUCCCCCGCAGACCCUGAUGGUGAAGAUCACCCUCGAGCUCCUCUCUCGGAUACCCCAGCCGCCUGGGAAGGGGAGCCGCCAGAGGAAGCCAGAAGACAGACAGCCGCCGGCAGGGAAGAAGCUCGACUCUGAGAAGAGAAGCGCAGACAACUCAAGCAAGUUGGCCAAAAAGAGAAAGGGUGAAGCAGAAAGAGACCAUGAUAGCAAGAAAGUCAGACUGGAGAAAGAAAUCAAAUCACAGGCAUCGUCUUCAUCCUCCCACAAAGAAUCUUCUAAAACAAAAACACCCAGGCCCUCCUCUGAGCCCUCAAAGAAGGAAAUGCUUCCCCCUCAACUUGUGUUGUCCUCAUCCUCCCAGAAGCCAGCCAAGCCUGCACAAAAGAAGCCAAGGCGGGAAGCAGACCUCGGUGGCCAGGACCCUGCCAAAAGUGCCAGCAGUACCAAGGGCAGCCAUAAAGACUCUUCCGUUCCCAAGCACAGAAAAGCAGAGGGGAGGGGCUCUGAAAGCUCCACAGAACACAAAGGAUCUUCUGGAGAUAUUGCAAAUCCUUUUCCAGUGCCUUCUUUGCCAAAUGGUAACUCUAAACCAGGGAAGCCUCAAGUGAAGUUUGACAAACAACAGGCAGAUUUUCACAUGAAGGAGGCCAAAAAGUUGAAGAUCAAAGCAGAGACAACGACGAACAAGGUUGGGAAGGCUUUUAAGUACGUGGAAGCCGUCUUGUCCCUUAUUCAGUGUGGGAUCGCCAUGGAGUCAGAAGGUCCAGCAUCAAAGUCCGCUUACUCAGUGUACUCGGAAACUGUCGACCUCAUUAAUUUCAUACUAUCACUAAAAUCCUUCUCAGAUGCCACAACACCAACACCGGGGGAAAUACUUGCUGUUUUAUGCAUGCGUUGCCAGUCCAUUUUGAACAUGGCGAUGUUUCGUUGUAAAAAAGAUAUAGCAAUAAAGUAUUCUCGUACUCUUAAUGAACACUUCAAGAUUUCUUCCAAAGUUGCCCAGGCACCUUCUCCAUGCAUUGCAAGAAGCACAGGCACACCAUCCCCUCUCUCUCCAAUGCCUUCUCCUGCCAGCUCCGUAGGAUCCCAGUCAAGUGCCGGCAGUGUGGGGAGCAGUGGGAUGCAUGCCACUGUCAGUACCCCAGUCACCAUCCAAAAUAUGACAUCUUCCUAUGUCACCAUCACUUCCCAUAUCCUUACUGCCUUUGAUCUUUGGGAACAGGCUGAGUUCCUGGCAAGAAAUAAUAAAGAGUUUUUUGCUCAGCUCAGCACAAGUGCGUGUGCCUUGGCCCUCAACAGCAGCUUGAUGGAUCUGGUGCACUACACGAGACAGGGUUUUCAGCGGCUAAAACAAGUAACCAAAACACCUUAAUGGAGGCCUGAGUUGAUUUGAUGCCUUGGGAACUUUUUGCACAUUGGAAGCCUCAAAAACAGUCCAGUUAUUUGUCUCAUCAGGACACCAAACUCGAGGAGUACCAUGAAAUGGCCAGGAUAUUUGUCCACUUAAACUCUCAAGAACUGUGUGAUCAUUGGUUGGACACGAUGGUUAUGCAGAAGCAGAAAUGAGGAGGCUAGCCUCAGAGAUGAUCUUGCCUUUCCUAACUAAAGGACAAAAGUGCAAUGUAGCCUAAGUGGGCGUAUGAAUGGUCUAGAAACAUUUCCGUAUUUUUUUAACCAGCAGUAUGCAGGAAGCAAGUUGCAAAUGAAAUGAGGAGAAGCAAUUUCAACUCUGAAAGCAAAUUCACAUCAUCUCAGUAGCCACGCUAGUCCAUUCCCAGAAGGAAAUGUUUUUUAACAAUGAAUUUUGGUGUAGGGUUUUGUGGAUGAUUUUUUUUUUCUUUUAAGUUUUGGGGAAAAUAUUUGUUUAAUAAAUUUAAUGGUCAUCUAUAAAACAUAAGUUGUAAAGGACUCCACUGUACCCCACUUUCUGCCAAUGGACAGUGGCUUUGAUAAUACCAAGUAUUGUCAUAAUCUAUAAAAUUGAAGGCAACCCCCCCAUUGCCUGGAGUAGUGCACGUUCACCCCAGCUCUGAUUUCGCUGCCACUGUGGAAAGUCAGCUCAGUCAGAGCGGUGGAGAGAGGAGCUCCAGCACGCAGGGACGCCAUCCCAGAAUCGCCAUGUACUACGGAGGACGCGGUGCUGCCAUUCCCACCCCUGCUUCAGUGAAAGGCAGUCACCAUUGACUAUAGAUUCUGAAUUUUCUACCUUGGGGAAGAGGGAACCAACAUUUAUAUGUGACCAGAUGGCUAAAGUGCUUUUUAAUUUUUGUUUAAGUAGAGCUGGAAUCUGAGGUGCUGAUCUGUGGUCUACAGUUAUGUGGUAACUCAUGUUGUCUAACCAACUCAGAGUUUUGUCAGUGAACAAAGAAAAAUGAAAUCUACUUCUUAGAGAGGCUAUAUUUUUCUGCUACGAAUUAUUUUGUAUUUAUAGCAAAACUAGACUUUCAGAACCCAUGAUUGUCUAGGGGAAAUUAACUCCCUGAGAGGAUGUGGAGAUUUAGGGUGGUUAAUUAGACUUAAAAAAAAAAAAAAAAAAAAGUCAUCACCACAUGCCUUCACUCCAGAGUGUUCUCAAUCAACCAGAUUUGAUUAGAUUGAGGAGGAACUGGGGCCUUCCCGUAAGCUGUUAUUGCCAUAUUAUGUACAUUAAACCAAGUUCAUUUUGAAUGCCCUAAAAUGAAAGAACACAAUCAGAAUUCCCACAUGUUUGUAAGCACAGAUUUUCUUUUUCAUUGAAACUUUGAAGGUUAUUAUUGGAAGCAUUAUUUUGAGUGCAGUGUUUUUAAAAGCCAACUCUUUUUAUCCCUUUUAGAAGUAGAAUUUGCACAUGUAUUAAAAUUGAGGAGUGAGUGUUAUCUCUAUCUACAGUUGGUUUAUUUUUCUCCCUUAGCCCCAUUCU